AUGUACUCCAUCUCAUCUCAUCUCAUCGCCUAUAGAACACAUCUAAACCGCUAUUUCUCGUCUGUCACGCCAAUAAUUCCCAUAAAAAUGACUUCAGAGAAACUUGCUGGUCGUGCACUCUACAAUGCCAUUGGAAAACCAAAGACCAUCGUCGCUCCAAUGGUCGACCAGUCUGAACUAGCAUGGCGUAUUCUUCUGAGAAGAUACGGUGCUGAUCUCUGUUACACGCCUAUGUUCCAUGCCAAACUCUUUGCUACAGACGAACGUUACCGUGCAAAGAUGUGGUCCGAGUGGGACGGACGUGCAGACAUCGACAGACCCUUGGUGGUUCAGUUCUGUGCUAAUGAUCCAGAGUAUCUACUCCAGGCAGCACAACAUAUAGAAGAUAAGUGUGACGCUGUGGAUCUCAAUUUGGGCUGUCCUCAAGGUAUUGCACGUAAAGGAAACUAUGGUGCCUUCUUGAUGGACGACUGGCCUUUGGUGGAGAAAUUGAUCCGUAAAUUGCAUGAGAACUUGAAAUGCGCCGUCACUGCAAAGAUUCGGGUUUAUGAUGAUUGGGAGAAGAGUUUGGAAUACGCUAAGAUGGUUCUCAAUGCGGGUGCACAGUUUAUUACCAUCCAUGGCAGAACCCGUGAUAUGAAGGGUCAAGCCACCGGUUUGGCCAACUGGAAGAUCUUGCGUUAUCUUCGAGACAACUUGCCCAGUGACCAGGUCUUUUUUGCCAAUGGUAACAUCUUGUAUCCUACAGACUUGAGUCGGUGCACUGACGCUGUCGCGUGCGAUGCUGUCAUGUCUGCUGAGGGCAACCUCUACAAUCCUGGUGUGUUUUGGACCAAAGACACUAACCCAGACAAACAGCAUGCUCGCGUGGACAAGAUGCUUCGGGAGUAUUUCGAGAUUGUUAAAACAUGUCCUGGCUCCGCUUCUAGAACAGCCAUGAAGGCCCACUUUUUCAAAUUAUUGCAUGAGUUCCUCAAUGUCCACAAGGAGCUCCGCCCAGUUAUCGGAAGCACUAGCGUCCAUGCCGAUUUCGAUGCAUGGGAGUCGAUCGUGAAGCAAGUGGAAGAGCUUGUCGAAAAGAUUUACGAACAGCCAAACAUCGACGAAUUGGAUGUUAUAGUAGAAGGCGAGAUGCAACCAUGGGGAGGAAAGUAUAGAACGGUUCCAUACUGGAGAUGCCAGCCAUAUUUCCGCAAGGUCGACGGAGAAAAGCAGAACACCAGAACACUCAAGAUCGCCGCCAGUAAUGAGACCUGUGCGAACAAUGGUAAGAGAGAAAGAGAGGCAGACAGCGAGGUAGCUGAAAGUGGCACAGAAGCUAAGGAACCAAAGAAGCUCAAGGAGAGCGCUCAAGAGGAUGUUCCUGUCAAAGCUUAG